GCCGGGGACGAAGGCGAGAGUUCUGGGCCCUAGAGAGAACGGGGAGGGAGGCAAGAGCCUAAGCAGAAGGAACCAGGAGCCAGGGCCAGGAACGCCGGGAAGGGCAUCGGGAGCCCGGGCCCGGGAGCGUCCUGGAGGGGACCGGUAGUCCAGGCUGGACAGCGCCGGAGAGGGAACUGGACGCCCCAGGCGGUAUGAGCUUGGGGAGGGCAGGAAUUUUGUCUCCUCCCGCCGCGAGGAAAUCGGCUUUCGGGGUGCGGCCUGGCACACACGGGCAUUCAGUUCGUGUAGCUUUUGGUGCCCGUUCUUGGGUAGUUUGGGCAUGUGUUACUCCGUGUGACGUUGUGGAACCGGUUGUUUGGAAAGUGAUAAAGUCUCUCUGUGUAUCUAAUUUUUCAAAUAGGAUGCGAGUUGAUUUGUUUUUGAGACUGCAUGCGACUUUGGAGAGACGACAGGAAGGGGGUUGAACUGCCUCUUUUCCAAAGAGGAACCAAAGGAAGACUGGUCACCUCUUGCAAAUCUCAAAACCAUGGCUCAGGCAUCAGUGUCAUUCAAAGAUGUGACUGUGGACUUCUCUCGGGAGGAGUGGCAGCACCUGGAUCCUGCUCAGAAGACCCUCUAUGUGGAUGUGAUGUUGGAAAACUAUUGCCACCUCAUCUCUGUGGGAUGUCACAUGACCAAGCCUGAUGUGAUCCUCAAGUUAGAACGAGGAGAAGAGCCGUGGACAUCAUUUACAGGUCAUACCUGCUUAGAAGAAAAUUGGAAAGAUGAAGACUUUUUAGUGAAAUUCAAGGAAAACCAAGAUAAAUUUUGUAGAUCCGUUGUAUUCAUCAACCACAAAAAACUGAUUAAAGAGAACAGUAAUGCAUAUGAAAAGACAUUUACUUUAAGCAAAAACCCUAUUAAUUCAAAAAAUCUACCUCCUGAAUAUGAUACUCAUGGAAGGAUUUUUAAAAAUGUUUCAGAAUUAAUCAUCAGUAAUAUAAGUCCUUCAAGAAAAAGACUUAGUGAGUAUAAUGGAUAUGGGAAAUCACUUCGCAAUACUAAACCAGAGACAGCUCAACCUGGAGUCAAAUCCCUUAAUCAACGUGGCAGGGUUGUCAGUCAUAAUGAAGUACUCAUGCAGUAUCAUAAGGUGGAAACUCCAGUGCAGCCAUUUGGAUAUAAUGACUGUGAGAAAGCCUUCCUUAAAAAGGGAGACUUAAUUACACAUAAUAAAGCUUACAGAAGGGAAAACCCAUCUGAAUAUAAUAAAAGGAGAAGAACAACCAAUAUUGAAAAAAAACACACAUGCACUGAAUGUGGGAAGUCCUUCUGCAGGAAGUCAGUAUUGAUUCUGCAUCAGGGAAUUCACACAGAGGAAAAACCCUAUCAGUGCCAUCAGUGUGGAAAUUCAUUUAGAAGGAAGUCAUAUCUCAUUGAUCACCAGAGAACUCACACAGGAGAGAAACCCUUUGUUUGUAAUGAAUGUGGUAAGUCCUUCCGACUAAAGACAGCCCUCACGGAUCAUCAGAGAACACAUACAGGGGAAAAGUCAUAUGAAUGUCCACAGUGUAGAAAUGCCUUCCGUUUGAAGUCACACCUCAUUCGUCAUCAGAGAACUCAUACAGGAGAGAAACCAUAUGAGUGUAGUGACUGUGGAAAGUCCUUCCGCCAGAAGACAACAUUGUCUCUACAUCAGAGAAUUCAUACAGGAGAGAAACCCUAUAUUUGUAAAGAAUGUGGGAAGUCAUUUCACCAGAAGGCAAACCUUACUGUUCAUCAGAGAACUCAUACAGGGGAAAAGCCCUAUAUUUGUAAUGAAUGUGGGAAAUCAUUCUCCCAGAAGACAACCCUCGCUCUUCAUGAGAAGACUCAUAAUGAGGAGAAACCCUAUAUUUGUAAUGAAUGUGGGAAGUCCUUCCGCCAAAAGACAACCCUUGUGGCACAUCAGAGAACACAUACGGGGGAAAAAUCCUACGAGUGUCCUCACUGUGGGAAGGCCUUUAGAAUGAAGUCAUACCUCAUUGAUCAUCACAGAACUCACACAGGAGAGAAACCAUAUGAAUGUAAUGAAUGUGGGAAAUCCUUCAGUCAGAAGACAAAUCUGAAUCUACAUCAAAGAAUUCAUACAGGAGAGAAACCCUAUAUUUGUAAUGAAUGUGGGAAAUCCUUUCGCCAGAAAGCAACUCUCACUGUACAUCAAAAAAUACAUACAGGACAGAAAUCCUACGAAUGUCCUCAGUGUGGGAAAGCCUUUAGCAGGAAGUCAUAUCUCAUUCAUCAUCAAAGAACUCAUACAGGAGAGAAACCAUAUAAAUGUAAUGAAUGUGGGAAGUGCUUCCGCCAGAAAACAAAUCUCAUUGUGCAUCAGAGAACUCACACAGGGGAGAAACCCUAUAUUUGUAAUGAGUGUAGUAAGUCCUUCAGUUAUAAGAGAAACCUCAUUGUCCAUCAGAGAACUCACAAGGGAGAAAACAUAGAAAUGCAAUAAAUGAUGUGAUCUUUGUGAA